AAGAGGACAGCUAACGGCUGGAAGGAGACACACGAGCAAAACCCACCACCACCUUGGACUCCCGCCAAACGACGUCUUUCCGUCGCUGGACCUUGCGGCUCUACGGAUACAACAUUUUUCAACAGGCGGCUCUUUUUUUCCCGGCUCGUCGCUCUCCUCCCCUCCCUUCCCUCCUCCUUGCGAAGAGCGAUCUCUCUUCAAGUUUCCUCAUUUUCUCUUUCAUUUCGAGCUAACAGCAACAGCCAUGUGGUUCAGGCAGUCACUGUCGGCCCUGUGGCUGGCCGCAAUGGCCAUGGGCACCGCGAAGGCGGAUGAUGGAGAAGUCAAGAGCAUUGCACUUCGAACACACUCCCUGAACCAGCCCUACCUCGAUUCCGACAUGGCAAGUCGGUGGUACGACUUUGGCGGAGACACCAUCGUUCGAACGGACUCGUACAUCCGGUUGACCUCGGACCGCCCGUCGCAAACUGGAUGGCUCUUCUCGAGAGUGCCCCUGACAGCAACCAACUGGGAGAUCGAGGUCGAGUUCAAGAUCCACGGCAAGAACCAGCUCUACGGCGACGGCUUCGCCAUGUGGGUGACCAAAAGCCGCGCCCAGGCCGGCCCCGUCUUCGGCAGCCCGGACAACUUUGAGGGCCUCGGCAUCUUCUUCGACACGUACAAGAACAACCGCCCUGGUACUGUCUUCCCCUACGUCAUGGCCAUGUACGGCGACGGCAAGACCCCUUACGACAAGGACAACGACGGCAAGAACACGGAGCUAGCUGGCUGCUCCGCCCGCGGCAUCCGCCACGCCAGCGUGCCCACAAAGGCCAAGGUCACGUACUUCCAGGACAAGCUCCUCAAGCUGGAGCUGCAGUACAAGAGCGAGGGCGAGUGGACCUUGUGUUUCGAGACCAGCGAGCCCCCCGCCAUCCCCCAGAUCGCUUACCUAGGCUUCAGCGCUGAGACGGGCGAGCUGAGCGAUAACCACGACAUCAUCUCCGUGCAGGCGAAGAACCUCUACACCACGCAGGCCGGCAAGAGCAGCAGCAAGACGACCCCCGGUAGCGGCAAGGGCAAGAAGGGAUCCUCGAUUACGAAGGAAAGCGGCGGCGGCAGCUGGACAUGGACCUUUUUCAAGAUCUUCCUCUUCUUUGGCGUCCUCGGUGGCGGUUACGUCGGCUACACGGCCUGGAGGGCGAAGAGUGAUAAGAGACAUCGUUUCUAAGUUUCGCAUGUGGAAAACGACUGGCGAUGUGGGUUCUAUUUUAAGAGGAGAAUGCAAAGAAGGGGGACCCAGCAGUUGGUUGAAUCGAGAGGAUGAUUGACGUAGUACAUACCAACACAGGCAACACCAACUCACAUCUUUGACAUGGGUGCAGGUCGAAGGGUCGGAAACCGAGUUUCUAUGGUUGGCGCCCCUCUUUUUCGCCCAUGUCUCCUACCUUUUCUCUAUUUGACGAAUAACUCAGUCUGAGAGAUGAAUUCAAUUGUAUUUUACGACGGUUGGCCAGCGAAUGGAUGAUGCCUGUGGAAUGCGCCAUAUCCAGGUUGCUUGCCAACGAGAGUCGGGGUUAGGCAGGGACGUCGGUCGAGGAGGAAUUCUAAGCGGCAUUUCUACUUGAAAU